GUGGAAAAAUCUACUAUACAGUCCCAUAAUAAAUUUGGAACUUUUCAAAUGGCUUCCCACAUCCCGCAUUUAAUUAUUCCCGAUUGUGAUCACAUUCUUUUUGAAAAAACUGCAUUAGCAAAUCCUCAUUCCUUUUAUCGAAUGAAUCUUAUCCAAGGUCAACUUGAAAUAAUGCCUCCAAGUCCAGUUUUUUCCGAAACCGAUGAAGCAGAAUCGAACAUUAUUGCAGACGUUGUUAUUUGGUGUCGCGCAAACGAGGACUUAGUUGGACACCAUGGCGGUUCCCAGGGAGCCUAUACAUUACGUGAUGGUAAUAUUCUAGGACCCGAUGCUUCUGUUGUACUUAGAACCAGAUGGAAUGCUCUGUCAAUUAGAGAUCGACAGCGAUUUCCGCUUGUUGCACCGAACUUUGUUAUCGAAUUGCGUUCAGCGGGAAAUUCACCUCAGGAUGUUCAUAGGAAAAUGUUGUUAUGGAUUAAUGCAGGAGUUGAGGAAGGAAUAUCUAUCGAUCCGAUUUCAAAUCCGCCCACAGUGAGGAUCUAUAGCUUUGAUGCUAAUACUAACAAUGUCGUUUGGCAAGAAUUUGUUAAUCCUCAAACGGUUACUUCACGAGUUCUUCCUGGGUUUAUAAUGGAUAUGCGAAGAAUUCUUUGA